UUUCAGUAGUAGUCAGUGGUGUCAUUAUACAGACUCUGGAGUCAGGCAAACACAGGACGCUUCAGGCGCAGUUAAGACCGGAAGUAGAUAUGUGCAGACAGAUGCAUGAAGGGAAAGCUUGCUGAAUUCCUACAACCAAGAAAUGUACCUUUCUUAUUGUAGGAUUUAUGACCAAGUCACUCCACCUUCUUGCACUCCACCCUGUCUGUGGCUUUCUACAUUAUGGAUGCUUCCAACUCACAGUCUUUGAAACAUGUGAAGUAUAUCAUGGAUUUGGAACCUUUCCCAGAUGAUGUUCUCCUUGUUAUACUAAGUUUUGUGCCUUCCCUGGACCUGUUGAAGAGCUGCCGACUGGUGAGCAAACGCUGGCUGCGACUGGUGGACACCCCUACACUAUGGAAGAUUAAAUGUCAACAAAAGUGGAGAAAAGAAGUUUUCAAUAGUGCCCUGAGCAUCCCAAAUGUAAACUGGCAGCGAAUAUUUAUGAAAGAGCCUUUCUUACGGAAUCUGAUUCGGAACCCGUGUGGUACUGAUGGUCUAAAGCACUGGAGAUGUAUGCAUGGUGGAGAUGGCUGGAAAGUAGAAGAUAACCAUUUUCCACUGGAAGUGGCAGAUAGUCAAACCAGUUUUGUCACAUCCUUUGAAUGGUGCAAGAAGAAUCAGCUUGUAGACUUGAUAAAAGAAGGACUGUGGGAAGAUCUCAUGGACAACCAUCCGCCUUCAAUCUGCAUUUCUGAUUGGUUUGUUAAAACUGGAUUCAACUUUACUUUAAAAUGUAUGCAGGUCGGCGGGAUUGUGGCUGUGUAUAUGAAAUCAGAGUUCAGUUACUAUCUGAAGACAGAAAGCAUGUUAUUGAUGAAUUUAAAGCCAGUCCAGACCCAAUCCCACAAUGGAAUGAUGGAAAUUACCACCAGGUGUUUCAUGUGUUUAAUGACUAUGGACCUGGAGUACGGUUUGUGAGAUUCUCGCACAAGGGAAAGGAUACCCAGUUCUGGAAGGAUUGGUAUGGGCCACGCAUCACCAACUCCUCAGUUAUUGUGACAAUUAAAAAUCAUGAAGAGGUUUGUGGGAGCACUCCAAGGCUAAAUAAAAGUGAAAAAUAUCACUUGAAUCCAAAAAAAGUUAAAAAAUCACCAAAUAAAUGAAUCUGCAGCAAAACACUCAACCUAUACACGUGUUCUGUUCUCCAUUACCCCAUCCAAACUGUUUAUCGAAGGCAGCAUUUAAGUAUCUAUUCUCACUAUAAUACUAUAUCCUUGUUUGUAUUUACCCCCUAUAAAUCCCUGCAUACAUUUACAUAGAAAUGCAACAGAAUGUUUUUUGAGGGGGGGGGGUUAUAGUUUUUAUUGCUUAUAAAGAGUAACCGUAAAAAAACAAGCCAAUAAAAUAACAGCCAAUGAAAUGCAUUUAAUAAAACAUAAAUCGUAUUUACAAAAA